UUGUCCCCCCACUCACCCGUAGUAACCCCGCACUAUAUAAUCUGUAAUUAACCUAUCUAUCGUCUAUUUCCCGCCAUUGUUUCUCAUCAGUGUCUCUUUGUUAGCAGGAAAGCGAAAAAGGGAAAAAUCAAAUGGGACGAGAAAAUCCAGCUAAAGAAGCCUUAAUCCUCCUUCGAAGCAGGCUAUGUAACCCUAAUUUCAUUUUUAAACAUUUCUCCGACUCUCCCGGCAGCAAUUACAGCAAGUUGAAGUUCAUUAUAUCGAGUUCAAUCACUGAGGCAUGUAACAAUUCAGUAUUGCUUCUUGGUCCUCGUGGUUGUGGAAAAACUCCGGUGUUGGAGCUUGUUCUCGAAGAUCUUUUGAAAGAAUUUCCUGAUAUGGUAUCUGUGAUCAAAUUGAAUGGGCUUUUGCACAGUGAAGACAAUUGUGCACUUAAGGAAAUUGCUAGGCAGUUAUGCGUGGAACAUCAAUUGUUAUUCUCAAAGAUGGCAUCAUUUGAUGAUAACUCUCAGUUCAUGGUAUCCAUGUUAAGGGAGUGUGGAUUAGCACACAAAACAGUUAUUUUUGUACUGGAUGAGUUUGACCUCUUUGCUCUGGGUAAGCAACGGUUACUCUACAGCUUACUAGAUGCAAUGCAAUCUGUAACAUCACAAGCUGUUGUCAUUGGUUUGAGUUGCCGUUUGGAUGCUGAUCAGCUUUUGGAAAAAAGAGUAAGAUCUCGUUUCUCACAUCGGAAACUGUUGUUUCUUCCUCCCUCAAAGGAUGAUUUGCAGAGACUGUUGGAGCACAUCUUAUUAUUGCCAACAGAUUCAAGCCUUCCUCAUGACUACGUAGUCGAGUUUAAUAAAAAGAUUCUCAAUGUAUUAGCCGAGGAAAGAUUCCAAGAAAUUAUUAGCACAUUAUCAAAUUCUGAUUCCACCUUCAACCAUUUGUUGAGGUUUCUGUUUUCUGCUGUUUGUUGUAUGGAUUUGCAAUCCGGAUUGCUAUCACUUGAGAACUUCAAAGCUGCGCUUUUGAGUAUUCGAAGGCAACCAAAGCUGGAAAGUUUAAAAGAUUGCUCCAUUUUAGAACUCUAUAUUUUGGUUUGUAUGAAGAGGUUAGAAGUCAAAGAGCAAGACUCGUACAAUUUCAUUUCUGUAAUGAAAGAGUACAAGAGCAUACAUGAUGCGUUCCAGACAUCUGACUAUUAUGCACAGAAUGUCUGCUUACGGGCAUUUGAGCACCUUCUACAACGUGAAUUAGUCUCUUUUAUGGAUAAUAGAGGACACAAUCAAUCAAUUGAAUUUCGUCCAGUUAAGCUACUAGUUUCGUCUCAUGAACUACAUCAGGGGUUGAAAUCUCAUCAUUCUUGUCCAGCAAUGCUCCAGAAAUUAAUUGAAGGUUGAAACAGCGAAUGGGAUAGUGGUGAUGGCUCUGAUUAGCUGCUAAAGAGUGAAACCAAAGGAUAAAGUGGGUUUUACCUUCAGCGACAUUCAUCUCCCGCUGACAUUCAUAACUACUAGUUGUUGGUAGGAAGCUGACGAUGGAGGUUAAUCAACAGUUACUAAGCAACUGUCAGAGUUGAUUUAUUAUAGAACUUGAGUUGCAGUAAUGACUUCUCUUUGGAGUGUAUUUCUGCUGUGUUUCUUGAGAAGAAGCAUCAAACAAUACUACAAAAAUAUCAACCAAUCAAUCAUUUCUGAUAUACAGCUCCAUCAAAGCAUGUCUUCCAUGCCUCUUCAACAGUCAUUAUAUCAUCUGGUAAGCUUAGUUCUUGGUUAUCCUCUAAAUGGUCCAGAAUUGUGAGAUAUUUAUUAAACUUUUUGUUCAGUCUUCUGAUGUCAUAUAUUUGUGAUAUAUCCCAUAUGUUCUUUUGAUGAAAAGAGUGUUGGACCAAAAUAUAUGAAUCAUGUGAUGUUUCAGUGUUUUUAAAAAACGUGUAAAUGUUGCAUUCUAAUUCUCUGGUAUUUGAUAUAUCGAUGAAUGUAUAUUAUCUUCUUCUUUUUCCGGUAUUGCUAAAUUAUUCGCUCCCUUUA